AUGCUAUUAAAAAAAUAUUCUUCUUCAUUUCUAAUCAUAAUUCUGUUAUUCACGAUAACUUUCUUUGCUCAUAUAAAAAUUUCUCUUUCAAAUCCUAUUUUCACAUCAACCACGAGAAAUCUAAACCAUUUAUUGUUACUAAAAAACAGAUUAACGUUAUCAAAUUGGUCACAAGACAAUAACGAUGAUAACAAUUACUAUUAUUUAAAGAAUAAACGUCAAGUAGCCUCUCCUUCUUCUUCUUCACCGCCAGUAACAGGCACAGCGUUGACAUCCAAUGCGGUCCAACCGGCAAGCGAGCCAAUUGUUUUUAGCGUGAUUGGUGAUUUAAGUGCAAUCGUCGAGUCAAAUGAAGGCCAUAUGUCACAAGUACAAGCAAUUGACGAAGAAGCAUUCGAAGAUAACCUUGGCCAAGAAUAUAAUAAUUUAUUGUUGGUCAAUUAA